AUGAACUCGUCAUCUCAAGUUUGUCAUCAAUUUUCUCACAUCGCAAUCGAAGAAAAUUCCAAGCGUGAAAUACCCCCAAUGGAGACCGAUCAACAGGUUACGCCCUGGGAUGUUAAGGGUGCCGUUGUUGACGGCGAAAUCAAGGCAAUCGAUUAUGAAAAGCUGAUCGUCCAAUUCGGAGUGUCGAGGAUUACGCCAGAUCUUAUUGAGCGAUUGGAAAAGGUCACCGGGCGACCUGCUCACCAUUUAAUCCGUCGUGGAAUCUUCUUUGCGCAUAGGGAUUUGUCUCGGAUUCUCGAUCUUCACGAGCAAGGAAAGCCGUUUUUCCUGUACACAGGAAGAGGCCCCUCAAACGAAUCGAUGCAUUUGGGACAUGCCAUCCCAUUUAUAUUUUGUCAAUGGCUACAGGAGGUUUUUGAUGUUCAUCUUGUCAUACAACUGACGGACGAUGAAAAGUUCCAUUUCAAGGAGCACUUGACGCUCGAUGACGUUAAACGAUAUGCAAUUGAAAAUGCCAAAGAUAUAGCUGCGUUUGGAUUCAAUCCGGAGAAAACGUUUAUCUUUUUGGAUUCGGAAUACUAUGGCUACAUGUUUGAUACAAUUCUACGUGUACAAAAGUGCUUGAAUUUCAACCAGUGCUCGUCGGUGUUCGGGUUCGACCAAACUACAUCCAUCGGAAAGCUCUCCUAUCCCUGUGCAGAGAUCGCCACAGCCUUUCCCGGUGCAUUUCCUCAUCUUUUUGGAAAA